CACAAAUCUUCUGCAGCCACCGGCGACCGCUUCUAACCCUAUCUUUGAAAAAAAACACUGUAAAAAUUCUUUCCAUCUCUCUCUCAAUCUCGAGGGGUGAGAAUGAAACUCCACCGAAAAGGGUUGGCACCUCUGUAAUGAUUGUUGGAGAAAAGGGGUCACAUUAAUUCUGAUGUUUUCUUCAAUGGGGUCUGUUCAGCUUUCUUGUUAAAGCUUCUUCCUUUCUCAGAUUCCGCCAUUGUUUCUCCAAGAUCUGUUCUUUCUUCAUGCUCCUCAACCUAGCUCAGGUCAAAUGGAUUCGACAUCCGUAGGAUGCCUUAUAAACAGCAUUUCUAGGUUCAUUCUUCUCGUAUCCUGUCGCACAUCUAAGGCAGCGUUUGGCCAGAGAGAUUUUGAGGACACUGCAAGUGUGUUGAAACUUUUGAAGCCUGUUCUGGAUGAAGUUGUUGACAAAAAAGUGCCUUUGGACAAACGUGUCUGCAGGAAGUGUGAAGAACUGGACAUGACUGUCAAUGAAGCCCGGGAAUUCCUGGAGAGUUAUUCUCCAAAGAAGAGCAAGAUUCUCUCCGUUUUGCAGAGCAAGCAACUACUACUGAAAAUCAAGAACUCCUCUCUCGACAUUUCUCACAUUUUAUGUGGAUUGUUAGAACCAUCAACGUCUCAUUUGAGACUAUAUGAAACCGAGCGCCGAAUGCAAGAGCUUUAUAAUUGUUCAAAACCGGACAAGUUAGAAUGCAUAAAGGAAGCUGUCGAAAGGCUAAAGGAAGGAAAUGCCCCUUCCUCCCAACAUCUUAUGGCCAUUACACAGUCUUUGAAUCUCACAUCCUCUCAGGAGAUUCUGAAUGAGUGCAUUGCGCUGGAGAAGGAGAGACUCAAAGCAGAAGACCACAAAAAGGGGGAAAACAUCCACCGGGCGACCGAACUCAUGUCCCAAAUCCGCAGUUCGUUGAUGAAACUCGACAACGAAUUGACUUCAUUAGAUGGGCUCAAAAUCCCUCCCUAUUUCUUGUGCCCAUUGUCUCUGGCCCUCAUGUUGGAUCCGGUCAUUGUUUCGUCCGGGCAAACGUACGAGAGAAGCUCUAUUCAGAAAUGGAUGGGUCAGGGACUGAAUACGUGCCCCCAAACGCGCCUUAAGCUCUCCCACUCAAACCUCAUCCCCAAUGUCACUGUCAAAGAUCUGGUGGAAACCUGGUGCAAGCAGAACAAAUGGAGGCCUGACAGAGCUGGCAAUGUUUGUUCCACUCCUGAUGGAGUCGCUGAGGAAGAUGAACUAAGGGAAUCAGAAGAAAAGUCUGAUCAUUCAUCCCCAGAACAUUCAUAUGUUCAUAGCAGGAGCGAAUCGGCAUCAAGUGUUGCUUCCAGUGUGGAUUAUCUUCCACUCGCUGCGACGGAUUCGAAUAAGAACUGUUCUGAUUCAUCAGGAAAACACAAUCAUUGCUCCCAAACGCAGUCCGAAACAGUCACAGCUUCGCGUCUUGAAGAACUCGUCAGAGAUUUGCAGAGCCAGUCGACGGAUGUACAGGCGGCGGCGGCGGCGGAACUGCGGCGCCUCGCCAAACACAACACCGAGAACCGGGCGGCGAUCGGGAAUUCCGGCGCGAUCGAGCCGUUGAUCGCGCUGCUCCACUCGAACUCGUCGCUCGCGCAGGAACACGCCGUCACGGCGCUUCUCAACCUCUCGAUAGACGAGACCGUGAAGGGCGCGAUCGCCGGAAGGGGCGCGCUGGAGCCGCUCCUCCACGUGCUGAGGACGGGAAACCCUAGCGCGAGGGAGAACGCCGCCGCGGCGAUCUUCAGCAUCUCGCUUCUGGAGGAGUACCGGGUGAAGAUCGGGCGGUCCGGCGCGGUCAAAGCGCUGGUUGACCUUCUCGGAUCCGGAACCAUGCGGGGGAAGAAAGACGCGGCCACCGCCCUCUUCAACCUCUCGAUCUUCCACGAGAACAAGGCGCGCAUAGUCCAGGCGGGGGCGGUGCGGCACCUGGUGGGGUUUCUGGAGCCGGAAACAGAGAUGGUGGACAAAGCGGCUGCUCUCCUGGCGAACCUGGCGGCCGUUCCGGAAGGCUGUUCGGCCAUUGCACGGGAAGAGGGAAUCCCGCCGCUGGUUGAGAUAGUGGAGGUGGGGUCCCAGCGGGGAAAGGAGAACGCCGCCUCCAUACUGUUGCAGCUCUGCCUGAACAGUGCCAAGUAUUGCCGGCUUGUGCUGCAAGAAGGCGCCGUUCCUCCCCUCGUUGCCCUCUCUCAGUCUGGUACCACUAGAGCAAAAGAAAAGGCACAACAACUUCUAAGUCACUUUCGGAACCAACGCGAAAGUGCCAUGGGCAGGGGCAAGUCUUGAGCGCAGGUUUUUUCGUUCUCUCUAUCGUUUUUUCCUUUUUAUUUACGAUGCUAAAGUUGGCUCCUCCGUGGUGGGGGGUAUUUUCGGCAUUUUCCACGUUUUUCUGCAAGCGUUCUGUUUGCCAGUAUAAGAAUCUCUAUUAUCCUGCAAGACUGCAAAUGCUUUCGAGAAGCAUUUGCAGCCAAAUUUGUAUAUGCGCACACAAAUUGUUGUCAAUAUUUGUGUUUAGGGGAAGCAAAGAAUGAUAGAUUAGCAUGAAAUUCUU